CACACACGUAACAAGUACUUGGAAUGCUUCUCUCCCUCCCCCCCUUCCCUUUCCUCAUCCUCUCCCUAGCUCCUGCGUCCUGCUCACCUAAUAAUUCAGCCGUACAUUUAACACAUUGGUCUAAUAUUAGCUGUCGUAAAUUCAUAAACAAUCAAUAAGCACGUUACAUCAACGAGUGAGCAUGUUAUAGCCUUUGCCCCGAACAGUGCCUUGGAAAUGUUGGCACGGCGUGGUCGGGAAGGUUCUGCUAAGGUGGUAAGGUGUUCGAAGCAAAGUUUCACACAAACUCGGGUGCAAGUUUUUUCUAUAGUUUUUUUUAUAACCUUCAAAUUUACGUUGUGGCAGUCCUCAAAGCAGCGCUGACAGGGAGUUCUAGGACCAUACAUUGCUGUCUCUGCUGAUCGUUACUAUCGCACCAGUUUACAUGCGACAGAAGACGGAGGUGAAAGUGACACCUGACAUCCGUGACGCAGGUCUGGGCGCGUGCGUGGAGCAGGCCGGGCGUCUGGUCCUUGCCCCGCCGGUCAGUCAGGGCGGGUCAGGAUCUAACGCAGUUCUACAUCGUUGGAUUUGUGGUGUUUGUUUGAGGAUUCCUAGUGUAAUAGAAGGGGAGGACGGUGACGAGAAGAGCAUUGGAGUAUUUCAAGGGCCUCUGUCGACGGUGGACGCGGUGGACGGCACGCCAGAGCACCUCCCCUGCCUGGCCGCCCACAGCAGGCCCGGCGACGCCCCCGUGCUGGUGGUGUGGUGCAGGGACGGCUCGCGUAGGCAUCUCAAGGGGGUCAUCAAGGGGACCCGUUUUGAAGACGUGGACGACAUCAAAAAGGCCGUGAUGACGGAGCUGCGGAGGAUCCCGGAAGAAUCCUUCCAGGAGUGCAUGCAGGCGUGGCAGAGAAGGAUAGGAAAGUGCGUUAGACUCCAGGGGGAUUACUUCCAAGGGGAAAACUUGUAGUUUGUAGUUUGGAUUCAAAAUAAAUCUUUUGU